CCACUCGGUCUUAGCAUGGCGACUGAAUAGGAAAAUGAUAAAGGAAUGUAAAACACAGUUUGGCAAACUAUUGUGAUGUUUAUAAGUUCUUGUCUUUCUUGUUUUUACGUGGUGUUCAACCCCUGAAGGGGAAACGUACCGAAAUUGGCCGCAUCGGAAGUAAGCACGCGAAAGUUUCCCAGGAAAGUUCGGAGGGAACUUUCGACUCCGCGAGAAAGAACUCCUUACGUCCUGAAGUGGAUAAACGUACGUCAGCGACCAUGAAUGGCCCUGUUUCAGACGAUAUGGACAAUGUGAACACGAAGGAAGAGCCAAUGGAUACAUCUGAAGCUGACCCAGGAGGAAAAAAUGAGGUGAAGACUGAAGUGGAAGAAGAUACUGCACGACCAGAAGGAGUGGUUCGAUUCGUCUUGAGAGAUUUUAGCCGCCUCAGAGAGACUAUACUUAGUGAUCCAAUAUACAUAAGAAAUCUACCUUGGCGUAUUAUGUGCAUUCAGCGGCAGACUAAUGGUCCGGACAAAAUAAAAUGUUUGGCAGUUUUUCUACAAUGUGAUCCUGAAACCGAGUCACUAUCCUGGUCUUGUAAUGCUGUGGCACAGUUGGUCCUGGUUAAUCAGAAAUGUCCAGAAAAAUCCUUUAAAAAAAAAAUUCAACAUUUAUUUUUUUCCAAAGAGAACGAUUGGGGUUUCAGUAAUUUUAAAGAAUGGCAGGAGAUCCUGAACCCAGAAAAUGGAUUCAUUGAUAAUGAUACAAUUAUUAUUGAGGCUCAUGUUGUUGCAGAAGCCCCACAUGGUGUUGCUUGGGAUUCAAAAAAACACACAGGUUAUGUUGGACUUAAAAACCAAGGAGCAACAUGCUAUAUGAAUUCACUUCUUCAAACAUUGUUCUUCACAAAUAAAUUAAGAACGGCUGUUUACCAAAUGCCAACCUCUCACGAUGAUCCACAAAGAAGCGUGGCAUUCAAUUUACAGCGAGUGUUCUAUGAACUUCAGUUCAGUGAUAAAGCUGUUGGUACAAAGAAGCUUACGAGAUCGUUUGGAUGGGAAACUCUUGACAGCUUCAUGCAACAUGAUGUACAAGAGCUGUGCCGAGUGUUGUUGGAUAACAUGGAAAGCAAAAUGAAGGGCACUUGUGUUGAGGGCGUGAUUCCAAAACUUCUAGAAGGAAAGAUGUGUUCUUACAUCAAGUGUACCAAUAUCGAAUACGUCUCGUCGAGGAUAGAAUCAUUUUAUGAUAUUCAACUGAAUGUGAAAGGGAAAAAAGAUAUAUACGAGUCUUUCAAAGAAUACAUAGCCGUCGAAACAUUAGACGGCGAUAACAAAUACGAUGCGGGUGAUCAUGGAAUGCAGGAAGCUAAAAAAGGAGUGAUAUUUCAUAGUUUUCCCACAGUACUACAUUUACAACUGAUGAGAUUUCAAUAUGAUCCCGUAGCUGAUGCCAAUGUAAAAAUAAAUGACAGAUAUGAAUUCUUUGAAAAAAUCGACCUCAGCAGUUUUCUUGAGGAAUCAAAACAGACCAAGGCUACCUACACCUUGCAUGCUGUUCUUGUGCACAGCGGUGAUAAUCAUGGCGGACACUACGUUGUAUAUAUUAAUCCAAAAGGCGAUGGAAAGUGGUGUAAAUUUGACGAUGACGUUGUGUCUUUGGCGUCGAAAAAGGAAGCGGUCGAUCAUAAUUUCGGCGGAUAUGACGAUGACAUAUCAGUGAAGUACUGUACAAAUGCGUAUAUGUUGGUGUAUAUUAAAGAUAGUUGUUUAGACGAUGUGCUCGAUACAAGUGGAGUUCAUGAAAUUCCCAAAGAACUUGAUGAAAAAUUAAAGGAGGAAAAACGUUAUGAGGCCCAAAGGCGGAAAGAAAGAAGUGAAGCUCAUUUAUACAUGACUGUCGAGAUAAUUACCGAAGAUCAAUUUAGUGGACAUCCGGGAAACGAUCUUUACGAUGGUAAAAAGCUUUUGUCAAAGAUUUUUAAAAUACUAAAGGAGGAUACUUUGAAAAAGGCUAUAGAGAUAUUUGCCGACGCUCUGGGUUACAAGCCAAAUCAAAUUCGUCCAUGGCCUUUUCAAAGUCGUAAAAAUAAUACAUAUCGUGUGGGAACAAUCGAUAUAGAAAAUGCUCGCUUGAAGAAGAUCAUCGAGGCUGUCGACAAUGAAAAUGAAUGCUGUUUAUUUAUUGAAACUACACAUCCUGGUUCUCCCGAUGCUGUUCUUCCAAAAUUUGAUGUUAAACUUGAUAUUAUGCUGUUUUUCAAAUAUUACGACCCAAAAUCGGAGUCAAUGUCCUACUGCGGACAUGCAUAUAUUCCAAUGUCAAGUAAAAUUUCGACGCUCCUUCCAAUGUUGUGCGAAAGGGCGCAUUUACCAAAAGAUACUCCUUUGAUGUUGUUCGAGGAAGUGAGGCCAGGUUUGACUGAACAUUUUAAAGAUUUGAACUUGUCUAUUGAGGAUCUUGAAGAUAUCAUGGACGGAGACAUAAUCUGCUUUCAAAGGAAAGACAUUGACCUAGAGGAGUUUAAGCUGAGAACGUGUAUCGACUACUUUCGUGAUUACCACAAUCGUAUGGACAUCACUAUGGUCGACAAAAGUUCACCCAGCGAUCCUGGUUUUAAUGUUAUACUAUCAUCGAGAAUGAAUUAUACGCAGAUGGCGGAGAAAGUGGCCUGGCAUCUUGACGUUGAUCCCAGAAAGAUCCAGUUUUUCAAAGCACAAUUAUAUGGUGGAGGACUUCCUGCAAAUCCCAUAAAAUGUACAUACGAGGGAACAUUACGAGAUCUUAUGAUGUACAGUCCAAAAUCACCGAAAAAACUCUAUUAUCAACUUUUGUCCAUACCUAUUGAUGAACUAGAGAAUAAAAGACAGGUCAAGUGUGUUUGGGUCAGUAAAGACCUCAAAGUACAGAAAGAACUUGUUUUGUAUCCCGAUAAAAAUGGCAACGUCGGCGAUCUUUUACGAGAAGCAAGAAAACAUAUGAACGACAGCUCGCUACAAUUAAGAGUGUUAAUGGUUUUAAGCUGUAAGAUACAAGAGAUUUUACACGAGGAUAGCGAUCUAGAGAUGUUCCAUACUUAUGCUUCAACGCGCACUUAUAGAAUCGAGGAAAUACCAGCUGACCAAGUACACGUCAGCGAAGAUGAAGAAUUGAUACCGGUUGCGCAUUUCAACAAGGAUACCUAUCAAACGUUUGGCACUCCGUUUCUUUUGAAAAUAUGCGAUAAAGAGACGUUUUCAAAUGCAAUGGAUCGAGUUAAACGGAAAUUAGACAUGUCUGAUAAAGAAUUUGAAAAGAUAAAAUUUGCUUUGGUUAAGAGUGGAAGGCCAAUAUAUAUUCAAGAUGAAGUCGAUAAAGAAAUCCAAAUACAAGAUUUUCGGCCUGCAUCAACAAUAAAGCUUCCUAACAAUUCUCUCUCUCGACCAUGGUUGGGCUUGGAUCAUGUUGACAAAGCUCCCAAGAAGUCACGUUACAAUUACCUUGAACGUUCUAUCAAGAUCCAUAAUUGAUCAUGAAUGUCCAGAAGAAAAAUUAUUUAAAUGUAUUUAAAAUGCCACAUUUUAGGCUUGUAGUAGAGAUUUGUUAUGACACUUUUCUAUUUUAAGCAAAUCUGGACAUAAUUAGAUCAAUCUAAUUUGUUUCGAUUCCCAUUUGCUCAGUCUGUAUUAAAUAAUUUUUUAUUUAAUUUUUCAUUGUUUGACCUGAUGCUUUGAUGGGCAAAUUAGAAUGGUUCCAAAUUGCUUGAUGGGCAAAUUAGAAUGGUUCCAAAUUGCUUGAUGGGCAAAUUAGAAUGGUUCCAAAUUGCUUGAUGGACAAAUUAGAAUGGUUCCAAAUUGCUUGAUGGGCAAAUUAGAAUGGUUCCAAAUUGCUUGAUGGGUAAAUUAGAAUGGUUCCAAAUUGCUUGAUGGGCAAAUUAGAAUGGUUCCAAAUUGCUUGAUGGGCAAAUUAGAAUGGUUCCAAAUUACAUCUCAUUUAUAAACUACAGAGAUGUGUUUUCAUGUUUAUUUAGAUUCAAGUUAUCAAAUCUAAACAUUAGCUUUCGUUUGACAUGUAAACUUUGCAUACAUUUUCUGAACUAGUUAAACAAGCUUUGCUAUCAUUAAAUUGGAAUCGCCAUAACUCAUAUUCCUGUUGCGUUAAUUGAAUGCAUGAAAAUGUUAACAAAGUUUACUUGUCAAUAGUACUCAUGGAAUUUCCUGACAAAGUGUAAAUAAAAGUCAAAGUUGCUUUGCAAUUUAAUAACACAAGAAUUCACUUUCACA